AUGUCCUCUCUUCACGACAUGUCUGUUCGGCUCAUUUUCUUCAUUUUUCUUUGUGGUAACUUCAACUAUGCCAAUGGUAGACUCCAGAAAAUUAGCGUUAAGGGUACCGUUCUCUGUAAGGGUCGCCCAUACACCAACGCCUCGAUCAAAUUGAUGGAAAAGGAUGGGCUGGAUGCUGACGACGAGCUGGGCAAGAAGGAAACGGACAAGAAUGGAAAGUUUGAGCUCGAUGGCGAGGAGGACGAGUUUCUCAGCAUUGAACCUUACCUUCGAAUUCGACACACUUGCGUUGAGGACAAGACUUGCGGUGGUACGGUAGAUGUCCCAAUCCCAGAGGAGAACGUCGACGGCAAGCCGUUCGAGCCCACGCUUCAGCUGGAUCGUCUGGACUACACCACCUCGGAUUGUCGCAACCUUAAAUUCGCGCCGCACGGA